ACAAACCGGUUAGCAUGAAUGGAAAUUACAUCAAUUGAUUUUGGUUCCGGUUCGAUUUUACUAAACCGGAAAUCAUAUAUUCAUCAUACCGAGCGAAACGGGGUGAUGUGAAACGGCGAUGAUCAGGAAGCAAACCAACGACCGAACCGCUACUCGUCACCGUCCAAAACUAUGGCAGAACUGCACAAAUCUCCGAUCUUUGAAGCAAAUUCACGCUUUCAUGAUCCUUAACGGACUCAUGUCCGAUCUCUCCAUUGUCGGAGAGCUAAUCUACUCAGCCUCCUUGUCUGUCCCCGGCGCGCUUCCGUAUGCACACAAGCUGUUCGACGUAAUUCCAAAACUAGACGUAUCCAUAUGCAACCACGUGCUGCGCGGCUCUUCUCAGAGCGUGAAACCAGCAAAGACUGUCUCUUUGUAUAAAGAGAUGGAGAAACGUGGCGUGAGGCCUGAUAGGUACACGUUCACGUUCGUUCUCAAGGCCUGCUCGAGGCUUGAGUGGAGGAGUAACGGUUUUGCGUUUCAUGGGAAAGUAAUGAGACAUGGGUUUGCUUCCAACGAGUAUGUCAAGAACGCUUUGAUUCUUUUUCACGCUAACUGCGGAGAUUUGGGGAUUGCGAGCGAGCUUUUUGAUGACUCUGCUAAAGCUCAUAAGGUUGCUUGGUCUUCUAUGACCUCUGGGUAUGCUAAGAGAGGGAAGAUAGAUGAGGCUAUUAAGGUUUUCGACGAAAUGCCGGAGAAGGAUCAGGUUGCUUGGAACGUUAUGAUUACUGGUUGUUUGAAGUGUAGGGAGAUGGAUAGAGCGAGAGAGCUUUUCGAUAGGUUUAAGGAGAAAGAUGUUGUGACGUGGAACGCAAUGAUAUCAGGUUAUGUGAGUUGCGGGUGCCCUAAGGAGGCUUUGAGUAUAUUCAAGGAGAUGAGGGAUGCUGGUGAGCAUCCAGACGUUGUGACGGUGCUGAGUUUGUUGUCUGCUUGUGCGGACUUGGGAGACUCUGAGACCGGGAAGAGAAUCCAUCUCUACGUCUUGGAAACGGCUUCGGUUUCGAGGUCCAUGUAUAUAGGCACUCCCGUUUGGAAUGCUUUGAUCGACAUGUAUGCAAAGUGCGGAAGCAUAGACAGCGCGAUCCAAGUGUUCAGAGCGAUGAAAGAGCGAGACUUGUCGUCUUGGAACACUUUGAUCGUUGGUUUGGCUCUGCAUCUCGCAGAGGGAUCGAUCGAAAUGUUUGAAGAGAUGCAGAGGUUGAAAGUGUGGCCGAACGAGGUGACGUUCAUCGGAGUUAUAUUAGCUUGCAGCCACUCUGGGAGAGUUGAUGAAGGGCGUCAGUAUUUUCGACUUAUGAAGGAUGUGUACAAGAUUGAACCGAACAUAAAGCAUUAUGGGUGUAUGGUAGAUAUGUUGGGGCGAGCGGGGCUGUUAGAGGAGGCGUUCAUGUUUGUUGAGUCGAUGGAGAUUGAGCCUAACGCUAUUGUGUGGAGAACUCUUUUGGGUGCUUGUAGGAUUUAUGGGAAUGUGGAGUUAGGGAAGUAUGCAAAUGAGAAACUGCUCAGUAUGAGAAAAGGGGAGAGUGGUGACUAUAUGUUGCUCUCAAAUAUAUAUGCUUCCACAGGUGAGUGGGAGAGAGUGCAGAAAGUAAGGAAGAUGUUUGAUGAUACAGGAGUGAAAAAACCGAGUGGAUUCAGUUUGGUCGAGGAGGAUGAUGAUAAAUUGAUGAUGAGAUAUCUACUCUCAUCAUAAAAAAUAGGUGUUGUUCUUGUCAUCAUCAUCUAUUAUGUUGAUUUCAUGAUUCUGGAUUUAGCAUAGAUUAUAUAAUGUUAAAAAGGAGAAUUUGAUAUUGUGGAACCUGAUGGUUACAUAAA